AGUAUCCGGAGAAACUUCGAGUGGCAACCGAACUAAAGGGGAUUUUCUGCGGGGUCACCAAUGAAGAAUCAUGGGUUUAAUCUUAAAUAUCCUUAUUUACUUGUAUCUAAGUGCAGGUGUGUGGAGUAUCCAGAACCCGUGGCUGCCCUGUCAGUUCACUGACGAACAUGUGUUUACUAAUAAUGAGGGGCACACUGAGACUCGACUCAUCCACAGAGAGGCUAUGCUGCAAUUUGGUCAGAAAGAAGAUGCUCCUGUUAACCCAAACGCCAUCACUUUAUUAAUCACUGGAUCAAAGUUGGACCUGAGGCGGUAUGUGGAGGGGGUGGAGGAAGAGCAGCUGGAGUGUGAGCUACGCAGAUACAGCACAGAGGGCAUUUAUGUCCGCUGGCCUGUCAUGGGCGCCCUAGAGUACAACCGCUGGUUCCUCUGUACCCUCAGACACAGCAGGGGCCUCUUUACAGUCACUGGUUUCCUCAGGCACCCCUCUGACCAGCCUCCCCCAGGAGAGCAGGACUACCGCAAAUGGCCCCCCAUCCCUGACAGAGAGGUUCUCACCACCACAGUCGCCAUGGUCAUCAAAACAAAGACUCCUUCAGUGAAAGCAGGCCUGAUGUCCCAGCAAAAGCUCCACUGCCAGUUUGACGUUGACCACAAGGGUGCCAACAUCACUGUGGAGUGGCACUGGCAGCACCGGGGAGAGAGGAAUAAACUCUUCAGCUACACCAGCCGCACCGGGCACACCCAGGGGAGCGGCGUUGGGCUGAAGGCUCUGGCGACUGGCGAUGCCACCUACACCCUCCCCCUGUCUAAGAUGAGCAGUGAAGGGACCUACAUUUGUUCAGUGUCAGUGAAUCCACUGUUUGGCAGUGUGGACAUAAAUCUGCACAUCGAAGAGCCUCCUCGUGUCUCCCUCAAUGUGGGACCCACCUUCUCACUGCAGGAGGGCCAGGAGCAGAAAGUUGUGUGUGAGGCAAACAGCUAUUACCCCUUGGAUGUGGAGAUAGUUUGGUACGAGCAGGACCCGGCAGCGUCAGGCCAGAGGGUUGGUGCUCCUCUGCCCAAGGUACUGGAUAACAUCCUACUGUCCAGCCACAAACAUAACCAGGACAGGACCUACUCGCUGUCAGCUUUCUUCUACCUCAAGGCUUCGCUCAGGCAGUCUGGCAAACAGUUUACUUGCAGUGUCUCUCAUCACUCCCUGAAAGUGCCCAUCAAAAAGAGCUUCAUUCUGAAUGUGGAAGAGCCAGGGAGCUGGAUGUUUAACAUUGUUCUUGGUUUGAUUGUGAUCCUGUUGGUCAUCCUGUUUGUAAUGCUGCGCUACCUGCACUCAGUAAGGAAAAGGGCAGUAGAGAAGAAGCCAUACUGAGCAGCGCUGAUGGCCUGAGCAGAGCAUCACACCCAUCAGUGAGAACAGCAGCACCCCCCCAUCUUUUUUUUUUUAAUUUUAGAAAUGCUGAAAUGCUUGAUUUUAGUUUUUAGGUGUAUUUGGGUUUCUGUGAAACUGAUUGUUUUUGUGUUGCACUGAUUUAAGUUUAAUUUCAUGGACUCUGAAAGUCUGAUUGUUUUGUAGUAAAAUAUGGUUUCUUUGGCCAAGAGUAAACCAUGUCCAUACAACCUAAGUCCGCCCUAAUAGACAUGCCUGCUGUGCAUUUCCUCCUAUUUGUAAUUAACUGGGUUUGCUUCGGUAUCAGUGUGUUCUUGUGUUUAUUAGAAUCCUGAGAGAGUCCUAUUCAUUUUCCUGUUUUCUUCUUACUAUAAUAUUAAUCUAAAUGCCUUUUCUUUUACCCCAGGAACAACAAAUUAGCAGGACAGCACUGCUGCUAGGCAAUGGCUAUAUUCACAUGUUUAUUCAUGUGAAUCAUCAUCCACUAAGAGACACCUUAAGCCUAUUAUUAUCAGGCUUAAAGUUGUUUGGCGCAACCCACAGACUGUAUGUAAAAGAUGGAUGUAGCCACAGUGAUCUCACCCAGUAGUUUCUGGAUUCCUCACUUUGAAGGUUAAGCCUUGGGAUUUUGGACGAUACCAGGCUGUCUUUUAGGAGCAGUAAGAGACAAUAUUUGAUGAUGGGGGUAGAUUGUAGAUAUUAGCUAGCUAACUUGGUUAGCAAGCAAUAUUCAUUAAAUUAAGUAUCUGCUAAAUGGGGGCUUCAGUUCUGGAGAGUGAAAUUCCAGUAUUUUUACAAACUUUUUGAACAUGCCAAACUACACAGCAGGUUAUAUUAUUUGUCGGACAAUUAUAUUACAAAUAUAACAUCCCUAACUUAAACCUUACUUGUGUCCAAAUAGAUGAGUUAUAGAAAAAUAUGACACAUUACAUGACAUUAAGAGAAGGAAAGGUCAAAACUAUCCAUAGAGGAGACUUUCCUAUACCAGUCUGUAAACAUGCUUUUUAACAUGGAAAUCUAUGGGGGUUGAUUUGUUUUU